AAAAUCAACUAGAGCCGGACAACAGAGGCAGGGUAAAAUUCAGUUUUUCAAGAAGACCAAAUGGAAACGUCACAGAGAAGCCGGUUCCAGAAAAAAAAAAAAAAAAAAAAAAUGAGAGGAAAGGUGAAAAAGCUAAGGGUUUCGCCAAAACAUACUUUCACACAAACAAGAUCAGAGAAAGAGAGGAAAUCUUUGAAAAAGUUGCAAAUAAAUCAGCCAGAAGUGAAUUGUUGUGUAAUUAUAUUAAGGAGACUUUUGAUAAGGCCACGCAGCAGAAAAUAUUUGACCUUCGCCUAGACAAGUUUAUGCCUAACAGAAUAGACUACACUCGCAAUGGGAGGCACUUUCUCAUAGUUGGGGCCAAAGGUCAUGUUGCAGCAUUCGACUGGCAGACAAAGAGACUACACUGCAAAGAAAAUGUGAUGGAAAUUGUUUCUGAUGUGAAGUGGCUGCAUCAGGAAACGAUGUUUGCAGUAGCUCAGAAAAAAAGGGUGUACCUCUACGACAAUCAAGAAGUAGAGAUCCAUUAUCUGAAACACCUGGAUAUGGCCUUAAGAUUAGAGUUCCUACCAUAUCAUUUCCUUCUAUGUUCUUCAAGUGCCAAGGGAUACUUUUCCUAUCUGGAUGUAUCUAUCAGCAAAGAAGUUGCAGGGAUAUAUACUAAAAAAGGUCGACUGGACGUGAUGGCCGUGAAUCCCCAGUCGGCCAUUGUCCACCUAGGACAUCCCAAUGAGCCAACCGCAAAAGUCUUGUAUCAUGCCAGUGCCUUGAGGGAUGUAGCUGUGGAUGCUUCCGCAACCUACAUGGCUACAACUGGUAUAGAUCGCAGACUGAAGAUUUUUAAUUUAAGAAUUUUCCAGAAUUUUGUGGUGCAGCUGUACAAAGAUACAACCACCCAGACCCACACACUAGACAAGCCUUACAUCUACCAUCGUGCUGACAGGCUGGUGUCAAAUCUCAUGCUCUCUCCGUUUGAGGAUGUGCUCGGCAUAGGACACAGGUGGGAAUUCUCCAGCACUGUAGUUCCAGUGCACAUGUUGUUGGAUAAGGUUCGGCCUGAAAUGAUCACAAUAGAUGGCCAAAUAGGACAGGUGGAUGUGAAAACUGCCAUGAGGCCGCAGAGGAACGUCCCAAGAAGACAUUGUCCAGCGAAAGAAGGGAGUGCAGGAGCAGUACUUGGGAGCUGCAGUGAGAGAGAUUGUAAGGGGAAGCAGGUGGAAGGGAAGCUGAAUACCAGAAACAAAAGCAGAAAGGAUUUGGGACCUUCAGCUUUGGAUCGAUUAAAAAAGAACAGAGUAUAA